UUUUCUCCCUCUCUUUCUCUCUUCCCAUCUAGGGUUGAACACAUUUAUAAAGAAAAGAGUCCUUGGAAUUCGUGCUUUUCCUCUAAGCUCAAGUUUUCACUUCUUCUCUCAGUUCAGACUUCAGACCUUAUUACCAUCUUCCUAAGGAAAAAAGAAAUAUAUAUAAUUAGAGAUGGGAAGGGGGAAGAUAGAGAUAAAAAGGAUCGAAAAUACGACGAAUCGACAAGUAACAUUUUGCAAGAGAAGGAAUGGACUGUUGAAGAAAGCUUAUGAAUUGUCAGUUCUCUGUGAUGCUGAAGUUGCCCUCAUCGUCUUCUCUAGCCGAGGCCGUGUCUAUGAGUUCUCCAAUAACAACAUAAGGUCAACGAUAGAAAAGUACAAGAAGGCAAAUACAGAUGGCUCAAACUCUGUCACAGAGAUUAAUGCUCAAUAUUACCAACACGAAUCUACAAAAUUACGGCACCAAAUACAAAUGAUGCAAAACUCUAACAGAAAUCUAAUGGGUGAAUGCUUGAGUUCCUUAACUAUUAAGGAGUUGAAGCAAGUGGAGAAUCGACUUGAAAGAGGCAUCUCAAGGAUUAGAUCGAAAAAGAACGAAUUGCUACUUGCUGAUAUUGAGUUCUUGCAGAAAAAGGAGAAAGAGCUUGACCAUGAAAACUCAUUUCUCCGAGCUAAGAUUGCUGAAGUUGAUAGGCUCCAACAGCUAAACAUGCUGCCAAACGACAAUUUGGAUUUAGUCCACCCUUUUCUGCAGCGAGAUCCUCUACUUACAGAAAACAUGCUACAGGAUUGCUCCGAAUUUACUGAUGCUGACAAAAAAAUACUUACCUUAGGUAAAUCAUCUUAG